UUUGUCCUUCAAGCUCAUGAAGAUGUUUGUUCUCCUGCUUCUGGCUCUUCUCAGAGAUGCUGCAGGAAUGACCUUCCUUUAUCAUCAUGAAAAUGCAACUCAGAAAUUGAUCUGCAGCAAAUCAAGCGAUCAAGACAAAACAGGCUGGUGGUUCACAAACAAAUCCUUACAAAGCUUCGGACAACAGAGUUCCAAUUCAAUUUCUUGUGAAAGACAGUGUGACCCACUGGUUCCAUGUCACACGAAAGGGAAGGGGCGUGAUUUCAGGUGCAGGCACGGUGGAAUCGUUGCAUGCAAAAACCUAAUGGGUAACACAUCAAACCACCUCCCACUGUUUUCUCGGGAAGAAGACUGCAGGGAUUUUGACUUCUUCAUUGUAUCAAGAACACAGAACAAAAUAGAGACAAAAGUGUACAGUAUAAACAUAACACAGGAGGAACAGAAUUUGAGUCUUCCUUGCAAGUUUGAACUGGAGAAAGAAAGAAAUAUAUUUGCUGUGUAUUGGAUUAAGGAAACCGAUGAGAGCACGUGUCUUUUUUCUGCUUCGAAUGAAGUAGCCUCCUAUAACUUGCGUACAUUUUCUUAUGAUAUCAACUGUUGCGUGGAUGCUGGUAUCAAAGGGAGAAGGCUGAAUAACUCAACACCUUUGGAUGUCGCAGGACUAAAUCAGAGCCAUGAGAUCACAAUCGUCAAUGCCACUUCUUCUGACAGCGGAAAAUAUUUGUGCAUAGUUGGUGUCUUCAAAUCUCAUCCAGUGUGGAUGAUAGUAACCAACGUUUCUGUAAACGUGCAAGAAGAACCUUUGGCAUCAUCACCUGGUUGCAAACAUGUGGGAGAGAUUUCCCUAGGAGUGAUAGGCGGUCUCUUUCUUCUCGGCGGGAUAAUCUUAUUUCUUUGCUGGAAGAAGAAAUCCAAAGGGAAAACACCUGAAAUACAUCAAAGGAAUCAAACCGAAAUGGACGAAGAUGACUGUAAGUACAACUGUUGGCCAGAAAAGGGGGUCUCACUGUCAGAACUCCAGAUCUUCUCAUCUUCUCAUCAUUUCAGGGUUCUUCUCAUCAGUUAAAAUUUUUGCAAUAAUGUUUAUAGUAGCCUGUUUCAAUUACCUUCUUC